AUGAUGAAAAAUCGACUAUUUCGAUUAUUCAAUGUAGCUGAGAUUGGGUCGGGCCAAUCGGUUGUGGUUUUCCUCCACGGGUUUCCCGAGAUAUGGUACUCCCAGCGCCACCAGAUGAUCGCCCUCUCCAACGCUAGUUACCGUGCGAUCGCACCCGAUUUCAGGGGGUACGGGCUGUCUGACCCACCAUCCGAACCUGAAAAGGCCUCCUUUGCUGACCUCAUCACCGACCUCCUCGCUAUCCUCGAUGUCCUGAGCAUUCCAAAGGUUUUUCUCGUAGCUAAAGAUUUUGGGGCUCGGCCUGCCUACUAUUUUUCCCUUUUCUACCCGGAGAGGGUCUCAGGAAUCAUAACCAUGGGUGCGCCGUUUUUACCCCCAGGUUUCGUAACAUUCGGCAAACACCUUCCUGAAGGUUUCUACAUCUCAAGGUGGAGGGAACCUGGACGAGCUGAAGCUGAUUUUGGCCGUCUUAAUGCCAAAACGGUUAUGUGGAACGUCUACAUCCUCUUCUCCAAAAGUGAAAUACCAAUAGUUGGAGAAAAUCAAGAAAUCAUGGAUUUGGUGGAACCUUCUACUCCUCUUUCCCCAUGGUUCUCGAAGGAAGAUCUUGAAGCCUAUGGAGCUUUGUAUACAAAAUCUGGUUUUCGCACUACCCUGCAAGUUCCUUACAGGUAAAAUUGGUUUUGUCUUGUGUUCACAUAAGUGAAGUAAAUAUAGGCCCGAGCCGUCUUCCAUCACUGCCCUUUUGUCUACAAUGCAAGGUAAAGCCUAUGCCAGUGAGAAUAUUUGUGAGAACAGGGUACACUCUAUGAGAAUAUUUGUGUAUAUUUGU